CCCGACCUCUCCGACUAGCCGACUACAUAUACCAUCGACCUGGUCUACCUCAAAAGUUGAACGACAUCUACAUCAUCGCGACCCCCUUUUCCUUCCACAACAAACAAACGCACUAUCUGAAUCACCCAACAAAAAAUCUAAUCGUGAGUCCGUGUACGGGGUAUGCUUGGAGGUAGUUGGCUGGGCAUUAUGGCUAACCCGACGACUGCGUAUCCGUCUUUUCUUUCCGACUGCCGCCUCACCUUGAACAACACAGUAUCUACCUAUAAACAUGUCUCACAACGAACACGCUGCUGGAGGUCUCGAGGGAUUGAACCUCGGUGCACCCGUGAGUGGAACUCCAAACGAGCAAAUCGAACGGGAUAUCGUACUGAUUACCUUGCCUUCCCACUCGACGUUCAGAUCGGAGGUGGAGUCUCGACCACUCCCGCUCACGGACUCGGUUCUUCCACCACCACCUCGACCUCGACCACCGGUAUCAACUCUGGUUUGACCUCGGGAUCGCACCACCACACUACCGACCGUGAUCACCUCGACCGAACCGGUGACGCCCACCGAACCUCGACCGGUGCCGCCGCUGCCAACGUCACCAAGCCCGGUUACGACCUCGAUGCCAAGAACACCACUUCAGGCGAGCGAGGUAUUGGAGGUGGACACGGAGGCCCUACGGCCUUCGAGUCGAACCCCGAGCGAGUCGGUACCGACCGAAAGCACGAUGGACCUAGGGACCACUCCCUCGGUGGUCUGACCGGAAGCACCGUCGAGGAAGUUCAGAGGCAGGGACCUGGUGUCGUCAGGUCGGGUGACCACGACUUGCACGGAAAGGAGACCCGAGGGAACACCUUUGGCGAGCUCGACAAGACUGGUUCUCACGGACACCACGACCGAGACCACACUCACGACUCCAGGACCGGAUCCAACGUUCCCGUUGUCGGAUCGCACGGCCGUGACCACGAGUCGAGGACCGGGUCCAACAUUCCCGUCGUCGGAACUCACGACAGGACCGGAUCCAACGUUCCCGUCGUCGGUGGAGGUGUCCCCCACGGUGAGCACCACUCUCACCACACCGGUGCUGGUGUCGCUGCCGGUGGACUCGCCGCCGGAGCCGGUGCCGCCGCUUUGGGUGCUGGAGGUGUCGGAGGUGCCAAGCCUUCGACCUACGAGGGUGUCGUCGGUGACAGCGUGACCGGACAGCAGCACUUCAAGGGCGGUGCUGCUGGUCUCGCCGGUGUCGGUGCCGGUCACAGGGAACCCGUCGGCGUCGUCCCCGUCGUCCCCGUUGCCGCUACCGGUGUUUCUCCGGCUACCUUGUCGCGAGAGGAGAAGCCUCACCACAAGGAGGAGACUGGCUUGGUCGCCGAGUUGAAGCAGGAGUUGAAGGACCACCAGAAGUCGGGUGGAUACUCGGACGCCUCGAAGCACCCCGAGUCGGAUGGUCCUCACGGUCUCGUCUGGCACAACGGCAAGUACGUGCACAAGCGAGAGUUGGACAACCACGGAUCGACCGGUGUUCCCCUCAAGUAGACGUACCGUAGAGACUAUUCUACUAGUAUUACAACUUUAAUGAACGUGUAGCUUGUUUGUCUUUCGAGCCUCUUUUCGUGUAUCCCUUCUUUGCGGCAUUUCGAUGCGAGUGAAAUAAUAAUCAAUUUCGAAUCGGAUGAGUGUGGCCUGGCGGUUAUCCUCCUAUCUUACGCAUCGAGAACGUGUGAGGAGUGGUUCAAGCUGAC